CAAUCAUGUUAUCGUAUCAUUUGAUCUAACAGCAUUUGUAAGUAAUUUUUAAAAGCAAGAUGACGACGGUUUGAUUCGAAUUUAUUAAAUACAAAAGAUAAAAAAUAUGAUUUAGAAGUCGCCUGCCAUUCUAUCGAUUGCGAUCGUGGUUUGCAUUUAUUUUAAGACUUAAGUAGUAGCAGUUCUCUGUCAAGUCCAGCAACAGCGUGCUGAAACCGAAUAGCAUUUCCAAAGGUGCACUUUCGAAUGGUUGUCGCGUUUCCGAUUUUCAUGGUUUGAUUAGCCAUUGAUUCAUCAGCUCUGACUAAAAUAAUAUAAACUUACCGAGUGAAUAGCCUGCGUUAAUGUGAAAUUAUGAAAAGACAAGGUUGUAUCACAAAUUAUUUUCCGCCGCUGGGGCCUCAGAAGACCAGAAUGUCAAAUGAAUCGGGUCAAAAAAAGAUGUCAAGAAUACAUAGAAGACGAAAUUUGUCACCUACUGAGCCACACAAUUCCAACAGGAAACAACAAAUGUUUUUGGAUUUAGGGCAAAGAAAUUUUGGUCAUACAACAUGUGCUACAUGUGGCAUGAUAUACACAAAUAGUCAACCUGAAGAUGAAGCUUAUCAUGGCAAGUUUCAUGACACUGUUGUCAGCGCCCUUCGAUUCAAUGGAUGGAAAAAUGAACAUUUUUUGGAACAUUAUGAUGAUGGACGAGUUCUUGUUGUUUCACCAAAUGAUCCACCUUCACAUUUGAAAAAGGCAACAAGUAUUCAUGCUGUAGUCGACAACGAGUUGGGAUUUUCUUCAGAAGCCUCAUCAAGAAUGAAGGAUGCUAAAACCUAUCUAUUUGUCGCAGGCAAGAAAGUCGUCGGAUGUGUUGUAGCCGUUCAUAUUGAAGAGGCUUUUUCCCUUCUGCCUUACCCAUAUGAAGAGAGAGAGGCAAAAAGUUCAGAUAUGACUGCUUGGUGCUGUAGCUCCGAACCGACUCGCGCUAUCUGUGGAAUCAGUAGAAUAUGGGUGUUUAAACAAUAUAGAAGGAAGAGGGUUGCUACGAGACUACUGGAUUGUGUCAGGGCAGAUUUCAUGUUUGGUGGCGUGGUUGCCAAGGAACAAAUGGCUUUUUCCGACCCAACACCAAUGGGAAGACAGCUGGCCGAAUUCUAUUGUGGAACUGAUCGUUUCCUCGUGUUUCGAUGACAGUCCUCUCCAUGUUCCAAGAUUUGACGAUGGAAAACAUUUAGAAUCACCCAUCUGGUUACCAAUUUCAUUGCCUUCGUUUUUGCACCAUGGGGGAGGGGUAAAACACUACGCUCUCCAUAAUGUAAUAAAAUAGUUAAGUACGCUAAUAGCAAUCAAAAUUCUUGGAGAAAAACACUGUUUUCCAGUCCUCGAAGUUUCCCUUCUUGCUCUUGUGGCAAAUUAGACGUGCAACUAAACUUAAGGACAUUGAAAUGACAAAGGUUGAAGCCGUUUAAAAUACCAAACUAUGUUGUUUAUAUAACUUUAACGAAUAUAAUGUGAUCAACGUAGCUAUAUUUAAAAAUGAUUUAUAUACACUACUGAAAUAAGUAUGAGCGA